AUGCCCGAAGAUGUUCGAGCGGAUCGACAGGUGGUGCUCACCAUCGUCCAGAAGGAUGGCCUGGCAUUGGAAUGGGCAGCACGCACUCUUCAAUCAGACAAGGAGGUGGUGCUUGCUGCUGUGAAGAAAGGUGCCUUCGCGCUGCAGUUCGCCAGCCCUUCCCUGCUCCGCGACCGCCUCUUCGUGUUGGCAGCUGUGCAGUGCAACGGCUAUGCCUUGGCCUGCGCUGGGAAGUUCCAAGGGGAUCGGGAGAUCGUGCAGACUGCUGUUCGCGAGGACGGCAGUGCCUUGGAAUAUGCCUCCGAUGCACUGAAACGAGACCGGGAAAUCGCGUUGACGGCAGCUCGAUGGAGUGAUGCAGCACUGGAGUACGUCGCUGAGUCUCUCUGGCAAGACAGGAGCUUCACUCGUGCCGUGUUGGAGAAGAAUGACGCUGCUUGGGAGUACGCUUCGGAGAAGUUGCAAGCCGACCGGCGGUUUCUGCUGGAGGUCCUUCAAAUCAACCCAGGCGUCUUCCGCCGCCUUCAACCCGGCCAGGCUGAUGCUGAGCUGACCCUCAAAGUCAUCAAAGCCACACCUGCAGCCUUUGAGCAUCUUCCAGCAGAGAUGCGGGAUGACAAGGAGUUUCUGCUGCGAGCGUUCGCAGCCAACUGCCAGGUUGUGGAGUACCUGCCAUCAUCGGUAUUCGCGGAUUGCGGCUUCUUACUUCGUGCAGUGGAGCUUGAGCCAAAGGUGCUUGCAAGCUCCUCACCCGAAGCUCGCGGAAGCAAGGAUAUCGUCACCAAAGCUGUGCAGCGAAAUCCUGCAGCACUACAGCAUGCCUCAGACUCGCUCCGGAUGAGCGAAAAGUUCGUCCUCUCGCUCGUAAAGAAGGAUGCGGUUUGCCUGCAAUACUGCAGCGACGAGCUUCGAUGCCAUGAGGGCUUCAACCUGGAAGCGAUCUCGAAGAAUCCCGAAGCACGCCAUUACGUCCGCGCAGAACUCUGGCAAGACGAAGAGUUUGUGCUUGAGGCAGUGUCAAUCGAAGUUGCCGUGUUGGAACUUGUGCCUGAAAGUGUUCUUUGCAAUCGGGCCAUCGCUUUGAAGGCAGUGGAGACCACAGGGCAAGCAUUGAAAUAUUUGGAUUUGGGCUUCCGUGAUAACCGACAAGUUGUCUUGACUGCUGUCGAAGAUGACGCGUCCGCCCUGGCAUUUGCUUCCGAGCGGCUCCGGGCAGACACGGGUCUCUUCCGUGCAUCACUGAAAGUGGACGGCCUGGCUCUCGAACAUGCGGACAGCUGCCUGCAGGACGAUCCCACUUGGGUCCUCGAGGCCACGCAAGCUGGACCCAACCGUGCGGCGGCUCCAGAUUUAUGCCCAUUCCGCUUCGCCUCCCAGCGCAUACGCCAGGAUCCGGACUUUGUCUGUCAAGUGGCUGCUAAGGUGGGUGCUGUGGUUCUGGCACACUCGCCUCUUCGCGGCGACGCACAGUUCGUAUCUCGUUUUACGCAAAGGAUCCCCGAGGCCAUCCAGUACGCUGAUGAGAAGUUGCUCGAUGAUCUCGCGUACUUGCUGUCCAUCAUUCGGCAGUCCCCUGCAGUACUGAACUUCGUGCCGGAAGAGCUGCGAGCCAGCGCCUCUUUCGUACUGGCAUCGGUUCGUGGCAACGGGGCUGCCUUAGACUAUGCACCCCGGCGCUUCCAAACGGAACCAGAGUUCUUGCGAGCUGCGGACUCGGCUUUUCCUAGCAGGCAUCCUUUGGAUCACGAGGCCUUAGAGAAGCGAGGCAUCCCCUUGGCACGGCUUGGCGGGGCUGGCACACUGUCGGCUGCUCAUGCUGGCAAUCGCAUUGCGCAAGAAUGGGACCGACUGGAUCAUCUCAGCCCCCGUGGCUUGAGGGACGAGUGUGAAAUCCUUGGACUACCUGGAGCUGCCUGCUUGGAGUGGUAUGGGGCCUCCUUCCUGCUGAUUCGUUUCAAGAAGCUGCGCAUUUGGAGAGAAAUGCAGCUGAAGGAACUGAAGGCAGAGAGUGACGCCAAGGGCCUGAGGAAAGCUCAGCGGCCUGUAGGACGCGCCGACUCCCACACGCACCCUCAGGGCCCCGAUCCCACUGUGAGUCUUCAUGUGGGAGCCUGCAUCUCCGUACUCCAGGAUUUCUACAGCGUCAGCAACCUGAAGUUGAAGUCUGGACUUCAGGGCACUGUGGUCAGCCUCGACAAAGGUGGUGAUGCAAGGAUUGAUUUCAACAUCGAAACCUUCGCUGGCGGCCUGAAUGCCACCCAGUGGGUUUACAAGAAGGACUUCGACAAGCUGAGCGUUGACAAGGAUGAUGAGCUCCUGAACAGCAUGCUCAACGAACUGACAGUGGACCUGUUUGCUGGUCUUUACGAGCGCUCUGGCGUCCCUGUCCGUGAUCUGGGCUCGUUCGCUGCGGCCAAUGCGGUUACCGAGCGAUGGGAUGUGUUGGCCAAGAUGAGCGCCAAUGAGCUUGCCCUGGAGUUCACUAGGCUGGUGGGCAUCGAGCCAGACGCCAAGGUGGAACUCGAGGCCCAACUUCGAAGUGCAGCGGUCUGGGAGGAGCUGCCGCUGACAGCUCUUUUUCGGGAGUGCGCCCGGCGAAAGCUGGCUGGGCCCCUGGAGGCGACUUCCUUCGAGCUGCAGCGAGCAGAACUUUGGGACCGCCUGCUGGGUACUCUGUGCAAGGACCUGUACUUAGCCAUUGGCCUGGACUUGAAGCUCUUGGUCACCACAAAGCGAGCCGCAGCAUUAUACCGGAGGUGGUGCGAGAUCGACGAGCUGCCUUCCCCCUCCUUGCAGAAGGAGUAUGCAACCUUUGACCUGCCCAAAGUUGCAGAGAAAGAGCAAAGAACUCGAGUGAAGAAGGUUGCCUAUUGGGAUGCCCUCCCGUUCAAUGCCUUGCGCGAGGAGUGUUGGAACAUGGGGAUGCGCUCGGCGUAUUUCAACUCCGCCGACUUUCACGGUCGGCGUGAGCGCUUGAUUCGUGAGGCUAUUUGGUUUCAGUGGGCCCCCAAGACGGGGGGCCAGACAAAGAUGCCAAGCGAUGCAAGGGGAUGGCAGCCGCCACCUAGAGAACAGGCCAAGGACCAACAGGGACGGCCGAACUGCCCCUUCGAGUACAUGCCGCCACCACCACAGCCGAUGGUUCCUAUGCACAUCCGCCAGCAUCUUCAGACUUUGCUGCUGCCGGCCAAUGCAAGCUUGCGGGACGUCAAGGCCGCCUACAAGAAGCUCGCGCUGAAAUAUCAUCCAGACAAGAACAGCAAGGACAUGGAGGAUCUCGUGACGCAGCGGUUGCAGAGGUUGUUUCCCCUGGAGGUACAGAAAUGGCAAGCAGCCCUGGAGUUGCUCGGACAUCUCGAGGGCCGCGCCGACUGCGGUGUCGUUGGGGCCGGCCUGGGUGCCCUGCAGCGCGGACGGGCAUGGCGACACUCACUGGCGCUGUGUUUGGAUGCUCAGAGGUGCCGAGUCGCAGAUGCGGCUGCCUUUGGCACUGUGGCCAUGACGCUGGAACAGUGCAGCCGCUGGUCCCACUCUACAGAGCUCCUUGCGACGAUAUCGUUGCAAUACGUCGUUCGAGCCACCAACGCCGCCUUGGCGGCGUGCAAGGACGGCGGCUUUUUGCGGGCAAGGUCAUUGUUCGCUUCCUUGGGGGCUCGACGAACUACGCCGGAUGUCGUCACGUACAACUCCAUCAUCAGCUGCUCAACCGGUUCACGGUGGCCCUGGGCCCUGUGGUAUCUUCAUAUCUUGACGACCCGAAGUGCAGCGCGGCCAACAGAGGCCACCUUCGCCAGUGCCAUCCACGCAUGCGCAACAGGUACCCAAUGGCGUCGUGCAUUGGCCUUGCUGGGGCAAGUGACGCCACAUUCCCUGCAGCCAACGACCGUGAUCUUCGGCGCGUGCAUCGAUGCAUGCGCAAAGGCGUCGUGA